GGAAACAACCUCAAGACUUGCUGUUGUCAGUUGCCUCAGCCAACAUAAGCCAUAUUCUUCAUCUUCUUCAAUAAUUCAAUUUCUACUUUAUAUGCCUUUUACAAUAUAUAAUUUGUACUUUUGACUCCAAACUCCGAUGAGACCGAUACGCCUCCCGGAACCUCCCAAUACCACCGUAGGAGUGCCGGAUAUCUUCGAAGACGGCUCUUACAGCGUAAUCAGACGCGCCGUCAUCAUCGGAAACGGCUCCCCCGGAUCCGAGAACCAGAGUAUUGGGUUGGUCAGAGCACUCGGGUUAUACGACAAGCAUGUUCUUUAUCGAGUUACGAGACCAAGAGGAGGGAUACACGACUGGCUUCAUUGUCUCCCAGUUAGUCUUCACAAAAAGUUGGAUUAUCUCAUCCGGUUGAUUCAAAUUUAUUGCCGACGGAGGAAUUAUGCGCCUUUACCUCUAGAAAAUGGCGGUGGAAGUGUUGGCUUGGCAUCUAUUUUAGAAGCUGAUGUUAAGCAGAUCGUAAACAUGGCACGCCAGACUUUUGAAAAGGAUGGUCCUUUGUUGGUUGUUGCAUCCGGAAGAGACACCAUUUCAGUUGCAAGUUCUAUAAGACGUUUGGCCUCAGAGAAUGUUUUUGUCGUUCAGAUACAACAUCCUAGGUCACAAUUGAAUAGGUUUGAUUUGGUGAUCACCCCUCGGCAUGACUUCUAUCCUUUAACUCCUGAAGGAAAAGCACAGGUUCCUCGGUUUCUUCACAGGUGGAUUACUCCUCGUGAACCUCCUGAUAGGCAUGUGAUACUCACUUUGGGAGCUCUUCAUCAAAUUGAUUCUGCUACACUCCGCAACACAGCUGCAGCGUGGCAUGAUGAGUUUGCACCUCUUCCAAAACCCUUACUGGUGGUUAACGUCGGCUGGCCUACACGCCACUGUCGAUAUGAUGCAGAUCUUGCAAAGCAGUUAACUGUCUAUCUUCUUGGUAUCCUUUCAAGCUGUGGGACAGUCCGAAUAUCUUUCUGCAGUAGGACACCUGAAAAGGUAUCAAAAGUCAUUGUGAAAGAACUUGCUGAUAAUCCAAAAGUUUACAUCUGGGACGGUCAAGAACCAAAUCCACAUAUGGGGCAUUUAGCUUGGGCGGAUGCUUUUGUCAUCACAGCAGAUUCAGUCAGUCUGAUAAGUGAGGCUUGCAGUACGGGGAAACCUGUUUACAUUAUGGGGGGAGAGCGUUGUAAGAGGAAACUAUCGGACUUCCAUAAAUCUUUGAGGGAGCGAGGAAUGGUUAGGCCAUUUACAGGUUCUGAAGAUAUUGCAGAAAGUUGGAGCUAUCCUCCUCUCAACGACACAGCAGAAGCAGCAAGUCAGGUGCGUGAAGCACUUGCCGAGCGAGGGUGGAGGGUUAGAUCAUAAUGAAGGUAUUGAUAGUUGUUGUAAACACUGUUGAUUUCCGUAGUAUUGAAACUUGUGAAGCCAUGAAAUUUGGGUUUGUUGAAUCGCAUAUACAAGUACCACCUUCAAAUUUAUUCUUCUCCAUCAGGGAUGUUUAGAUGCAUUACAUGUAGAACGAAAGUGUUAGCUAUUUAGGGCCGGAUUGUAAAGCAUGAAGAGAGGGGCAAGCAUAAAUUUACCUUGUUUUUUUUUUAUGGGAUUGUUUGAUUUAUACACCUGAAAAACAGAUCUGAUGAAAUAAAAAUUUGACAACAUCCCUCCCUUUUGUUAU